AGCUCGAAAUUCUCGAAUGCGAGGCGUUGUUCUGUGACAAUUCUGUUUCCUGUUUGUUUCUUUAAUACACAGCCUACGAUUGAACUGUAAUAUAGCACUUUUAUUAUACAGUUCAGUGAUACAUACCCGUUAUUUGGUUCACUGUGUGUAUGGCUGUAGUAACAGCCGCCGUAUUACCGGUGUCUACAUUCAGUGAGUUUGCAAGACCUUUAGCUGGUGCUGCGCGUGAGGAAAAGCUGUGUAUGUGCGUGUGAGUGUGUGAUGGCAGUGAACAUCCCAGGAGGUGACUCGGGAUGAUGUCAUGUCUUCUGUAAUAUGGACCCUCACUCUUCUGACGCUGGCCUCUUCGGGUUUGUGCGUGAUUCCCACUCCUGUGAACCUUUCCAUCUCCUCACGGAACUACAUCCACCUCCUGACAUGGGAGCCGGGCCCUGGGUCACCCGAUGGACUGAGCUACGGAGUGGAGGUGUACUCUCUGGGGAGUGAUACCUCGCUGCAUGUACCCGGGUGCGAAGAGGUGGUCUCCCCACUGGAAUGUAACCUGACUGAUGUAAUGCCCGAUCCCAGGGACCAAUAUUUCACCAAUGUUACGGCCAACCUGGGAAUCCAGAGCUCCACCCAAGGCAUGCUGGGGGCCUUCAGACCCAUGGAUGAAACCAUUCUGGACCCUCCCUUGCUGAACGUCAGUUUCUGUGGGCAAGCCCUGUGCGUGGGCCUGAGACCACCAUCCGGUCGGCUGCAGCAGGUCUACAGCUCACUACUCUACACGCUAAUGGUCAGCAACAGCAAGGACGGAGCACAGUACCCUUUGUCCACCAAAGGCCUGGGUGGUGAGAAGAUCAAGCAUGUGGAGCCAGGCAGGAAGUACUGUGUCACAGCAACAAUUGCCGGCAGAAAGGCAGACAGGAAGUCAGCCAGCAGCCAGCCGCAGUGUGCCGAACCCACGGUUUUGUAUUCUCCAGACAGGGAGAUUUCGUUAGCACUGAGUGUGCUACUGAUUACCUUUCUUGCAGUGAUGUUCUACCUUGGCUACACUGAAUGCAUCUGCAAAAGAAGCACCUUCCCAGAAAUUCUGAUUUUAUUGAAGUCUCAGGAUGUGCAGGCGCUUUUUUUGAAUUAUGAAGAAGAGGCGUAUUCCCUGGUGCACGUGGAGGCCUGGACCACGGCACCUCCUACGACUGGAGGCCAGGAGCAGGGGAGCAGCAGGAACAGCAUCUGUGAGGAGGACGGAGAGGCCGAGCCUACCGGAGACGCAGGGUAUGAGAGGAGACCAGGGAUGGCCAAUCACAUAUCUUGCUCAGGUGGCACCUCCUCUGACAACCCUCCGCCAGCGGCUGGUUAUGUCCUGCCAUCAGAAUCCCGCCGCGACGUCUCUCAGACCGGGACAGACAGCCAGGACUCAUCUGGGUGUGUGGGUGACGAUGGGCCGCUGUCUUCGUCUUUGGCCAGAGAAGGACCACUGUCUUUGGCCAGAGAAGGACCACUGUCUUUGGCCAGAGAAGGACCACUGUCUUUGUCCGGAGAAGGACCACUGUCUUUGCCUUUGACCGGAGAAGGACCCCUGUCUUUGCCUUUGACCGGAGAAGGACCCCUGUCUUUGCCUUUGACCGGAGAAGGACCACUGUCUUUGCCUUUGGCCGGAGAAGGACCACUGUCUUUGGCCAGAGAAGGACCACUGUCUUUGGCCAGAGAAGGACCACUGUCUUUGGCCAGAGAAGGACCAUUGUCUUUGGCCGGAGAAGGACCACUGUCUCUGUCAGUGGCCAAAAAUGAACCGUGGCCUCUGUCUUUGACCGCCACCGAAGUGCGUCCUGCUUCGGUGGAAGGCGGCGUUCAGGCAGACGAGGACGGAAGUGGCCUAAAUGUGAACCUGCUGUCUGUGAUGCUGGCCGGGCACGAGGAGGAGGAAGAGGACGAGGAGGAAGAGGACCACAAUAGGCCUUGUGUACAAACAGACCACGGGUACGAACGCAGGCCUUUCCUUCUUGGGGUAUCCUCUGUAUCUCCCCCUGUCCUCCCCAUAUCUGCUGCAGUCACAGAACCCUCCCACACACAAGCCUGUACCAUCUACUCACAGGAGGAUGAGGAAGAUGAUGACGAAGAAGAUGAUGAUGAUGAUGAUGAUGAAGAAGAGUUCUCAGGUUACAUGAGGAACUUCCUAAUUACGUCCUAAUUAGGAAACCUCACAACCCUCAAGCUGUGCCUAUGCGUGUGCUCAAAGUUCAAGUUCAGUGUUAAAAGGGGAUGCUUUUUCACAUUGACAAUUUCACAUGAAGCAUCAAACCAAGAAAAAAAAAAAUGUAUGAGCCAAUUUAGCCUUGAAAAUGAUUGCAAAAAAUUGCUAUGAUUACUGACAUUGUCUGCUAAACAGCCAUUGCUUUGCAAAAUGACCUAUAGUGGAAAUGCCGUAGUUGGGGUCCAUGAAUUGCCAUUGCUUAAAAGUGGGGUCAUGUCAUUAAAAAAGUGUCCUAUCGUGCUAAAACUACCAAUGCUACUGUCGUGUCUAGGAAAUUUCCCCUACACUAUAGUGCUGUGUUCAGCGAUUCAUCUGCUGUGACUCGUGUAUCCUUUCCAUUGUAAGCAGGCCUCUUCUAUUGCUCCUCGCCCUAUAAUGGCAGGUGUAGCUGUCUCAGACAAGUUUUGAAGUUCCGCGAAUCAGAGCUUUGUGUGUGCGAGGCUGCUUCAGGUCGUUGCUAGGCGUAAGCGAGUGAGACGCGAUCAGGACCCACUCCCUGGCCACCUUGUACAAGUCCCAUACCUCCGACGAUGUUUUAAAGCUGUCAUUUUCUCAGCACCGAAUCUGCACUGUUCUUCUAAUUUCAGCGCGUACAGACGAGCUUUGCGACUGGUGGUCAACAAAUAAAAUAAAAAUAAUGGGGGGGGGGGGGGGGGUUUGGACCAGGCCAAAACUUUGCACUGAUGUUUCUUGCAAGAAAUUGUACCUGGGCCCCAUCAGUAGGCUAAACCAAACAACAUGAAAGAGUAGUUUUACUGCAUGCAUCUAGGGCUGUGCCAGCUAUUACUGAGUACUGUGGUAGCCAAUUGAAAUGGAGGUGUUUAAUAAAUUACGGGGUAGACCCAUGCAUACGCACGGGCACAGUCGUCUUUUAAAGCACAGAGAGGAGACUAAUCUCGCCGUAAUGCCCUGUUUUCCGGGCCGUACAUUUCAACCUUUCGCCAACCGCCUGCUCAACACAGGCCUAAGGUGCGAGUUGCAGCCCAGCCUAUGGCAUAUUGUUAAUUUCUGGGCUUUCACAUAUGAUACGUGCAUGGUCAGCCGACUCAAUAGCCGAUUAACAGCUUAUGUGGAUCGUAUGCUGUCCAGUUUUUCUUUGAUAUAAAUCCCACAUUGGUCUAAUUGCAUUUAUCGUUCACUAUUGUUUUUUUUUUUUAUGAGCUUUGACCGAUACACUCGUAAAUAAGACCACAAUAUAAUGCGACAAGACAAGAAGAUUUAUCAGCUGCUGUUUAUCAUGGAAUGUGGCUAUAAAUUACAGAUCAUGUAAAUGAUUGGGCUAAUAAAGUAAAUAAGACCAGAAGUUGGUCUGAAAUCUAGAAACAGGUAUGGCCUGCCUUGCCCACCCUGGUCUAUGGUUUUAACAAGCACAGUCCUCCUGUGCAGUAUUACCUAAUUUCUGACACAGUCUAGGUGAUGUUGCAUAGCUGGAAAUUACAGUAUAUUGGGUUGAGACCAACUAUUUUGAAUUUAAUUUAAUGUUCAGAUAAGUCUUAAAAUAUUAGAACAAAGUUCAUGAUGAGACACAUUGAGUCAUUUAUCUCUGAUUAAUUUUUUUAUGUGAAUGUAGAGAAUAUUCCCCUAACUGGGAUUCCAGCGUGGUCUGGAUUCUGGACUGUUCAACAGUGCCCAGUUUUUCUAAACUUUUAAUCUGACACUUAAUCUUUAAUCUUUAAUAUGAUCCAGGUAAUGCUAUUUUUCAGUCCAGAAUCAUACUGAUCUUGAGCAAUCAACAAUAUACCAAUUGUUGGCAUAAAAACCAUCCUGAGUUUGCCUUGAAAAAUGCUAACAUAUUUACGCUUGAUUAAAGGUCGCAUUUGAUCUCCAAAACCUGAUCUAAUCGGAGGGAUUAGAAUGUCAAAAACAAUUUUCAUAUUUGAUCACAUUUAUCCUUGUCAUCCUGUCAGGCAAUUUUUGAAAAUGGGGAAACUAUUGCAAAAAGACAUUGGAAUUGGGUGCACAUGGUCUGUGCAGUUUAUAUUGUUAAGUGGCACUCUCGUGCUAAGCUAAAUGCAGCAACGUAUCAAGUAUUGUUGUUUGUCUUGUAGUAUUGUUACCAGUCAGUCUUAAAACACUGUUGACAUCAGUGGUCUUAAUAACAUUUCCCAUAACACAUAUUCAUUUGUUGACUGUUAUUACAGAAAAUGUGUUCUUAACUUGUCAAAACAACAGUAAGCCAGGGAUUUUAGUGUUUUUUUUCUCCUGAUUUUCAGUAUAACCACUUCCAUAACAUAUUCAUAUUUGUAAAGUAUUAUUAUUUUUCUAUGAAUAAAAUGAAAUAUUUGCACUAUAA